AUUUUCUGUCAACAGUAGACCAACUCGACAAUAACAAGACACUACAGUCUAACUCCUGAACACGAAACCGCAGUAAAUCGAGCCGACAACACCCCAACUACCAUCACGAUGGUCAACAGCCACAACCUCACCCGGGACGAUGCCUUCUCCUCGGAGAACCUGUGCAACCUCGACAUCUGUCCUCUCGAUUGGACCAUGUACGGCUACCUGCCCUCGCUCGCGGCCAACAUCACCUUCAUUGUCCUCUUUGCAAUGCUCGGUGCCAUCCACGGCUACCUUGGUUUCCGUUGGAAGAGCUGGGGCUUCAUGGCCGGCAUGAUUGCUGGUUGCGCUGCCGAGAUCCUUGGCUAUGCUGGCCGUAUCAUUCUCCAUGACAGCCCUUUCUCGUACGAGGGCUUUUUGAUCCAGAUUGUCUGCCUGACCUUUGCUCCCGUCUUCUACACCGCAUCGAUCUACAUCACUCUUUCCAAGACCAUCGAAUUCCUCGACGCAUCUCUCUCUCGCGUCAAGCCGAAGUUCUUCUACUGGUUCUUCAUUCCCUUCGAUCUCGUUUGCCUCAUCCUCCAGGCUCUCGGCGGUGGAAUGUCAGCUGGCUCCGAUGGCGACGACAUUGGCGUUGACAUCUCGAUGGCUGGUCUCGUCCUGCAGGUUAUCGUACUCGUUCUCUUCAUCAUCGUCUUCUCCGACUACAUGUUCCGCUACUGGCGCUCCGGCCACACUGCUCGCUUUACCUGGCGUCUCAAGACCUUUUUCGCUGGCCUCUCUAUCGCCACCCUCUUGAUCCUUAUCCGCUGCGCCUACCGUGUCGCCGAGUUGAAAGAUGGCUAUGACGGAGAGCUCUUUAAGGACGAAGCAACAUUCAUCGUCCUCGAGGGUGUUGCCAUUGUCCUAGCCGCUGCUGCCUUGUGCUUCGGCCAUCCCGGUCUCCUUAUUAAGCCCUCCGCCAUCGAAGGGCGAAGCUCGUCCCCUUCCAACAGGGAAAAGGGCUUUGGCUCCUCUGGAAGCUCCGGACCUAACUAAGAAUGGUCAAUACAAAGCGGCUUUGUGUAUAUGUUACCUGAAGAGGUUUUGGUAGGCUCAUCUUUGGGCUUGCUAAUAGGAUAGGGCAUGGUAACGGCAAAUAGGGAAGGGGCAGGCAGAAUUUGGGGUCAAGCCCCAGCAUAGAAGUUCCAUUGUUUUACUUUCUGGCAUGUACUUCAUUCAGUCAACACUCUUAUGGUGUAUUGG